CUCAAAUACCUUCAGCUCUUGAAUGAGACAUUAAAGUCCACAUUGAAUAAAAGAAACGAUGACCUUGCUGAGCUAAAAAGCACUGUUAAAAGGGUGACGCUAUCUGUAAGUUUUUACUUUGUUUCCUAAGAAAUGAGUCAUUUCUUUUAAUCGACGGUAUAUCUGGUAACAAACGUCAGUUACUUUUACUGAUCGGAAUUAUCCCUCAAGGUUGAAAACCUUCACUCUGCUAUGAAGGAUGUGAGGGCCGCAGUGAAUGGAACAAAGAAAGACCUUGCCAAACUGAAGAGAACUGUAACAACGGUAAAGAUUUUAAUGUUUUUGCUCAAUAGAUUCUAGAAAUAUCCCUUGACAAUGAUCAUUUUAACUCAGAAAAUGAUUAAAAGAACUGUAACAACGGUAAAGAUUUUAAUGUUUUUGCUCAAUGAAUUCUAGAAAUGUCCCUUGACAAUGAUCAUUUUAACUCAGAAAAUGAUUAAAUGCCAUUUCCGAGGUAAUGUUUUCAUUCAAAAUUCACUCCAUCUACCAUUAAAAUUAUUUCCCAACGUGAAAAAAGACCUUAACUGCCUCAUCUCAAAACAUCGUCUCUUCACAUGUUGAUCUUGUGUAAUGGAAAUCUUUGGCAACAUCCGUUUCAUUCAUGUCAGUCUGUUUCCUAAGAAAUGAGUCAUUUCUUUUAAUCGACGGUAUAUCUGGUAACAAACGUCAGUUACUUUUACUGAUCGGAAUUAUCCCUCAAGGUUGAAAACCUUCACUCUGCUAUGAAGGAUGUGAGGGCCGCAGUGAAUGGAACAAAGAACGACCUUGCCAAACUGAAGAGAACUGUAACAACGGUAAAGAUUUUAAUGUUUUUGCUCAAUAGAUUCUAGAAAUCUCCCUUGAUAAUAAUCAUUUUUAACACAGAAAAUGAUUAAAUGCCAUUUCCGAGGUAAUGUUUUCAUCCAAAAUUCACUCCAUCUACCAUUAUAAAUUAUUUUUAAAGACUCUCACUGCCUCAUCACUACACAUGUAGAUCUUGUUUAACGGAAAUCUUUGGCAACAUCCGUUUCAUUCCUGUCAGUUUUAAAUUUUCUUUGCUCCUCAUGGAUUGCAUAGCAUACACAUCUAAAGACAAAUGCAUUUAAGAUUUCAUGCAAUAUUUAAUAAAAAGGAAAAUAUAUUUUGUAACGUUUUGCUAAUGACACUGAAGUAUGUUCAUCAUGUAUGAUUCGUGUUAACUGUAGCAGCAUUUCAGGCGGCUUGUAAGUAUGAUGAAUAAUAUAUGAUGUAACGCUCGCUGUAUCCUGCAUCAAUAAACGAGAUGCCCGGUCCGGAUGCUGUUUUCGUGUUUAUUAAGAUUAGUUUAAAAAUAUUAUAAUCGUUUCAGGGUGAUUAAAGUAUAAAUGAUUCCCCUGAAAUAUGCUUUUCAUAUAAUGUUUCAAAGCAAAAACUACUUAUGGAAAUGUUACCAAUUACUUCUUACCGUCUCAACCAAGUAAAAGGAAAUUUAGAAAUCAAGAACAAAGAUUUGUGCCUUAAAACAGAGUAACCAAAAAAAACAACAGUGAAGUGAACUGCGUUUGGCUUCAUAGGGGCAAGGGCAAGGUAUUAGGAAAACAGAAAGACUAAUCAUUUAUUUGCUAUGCAGCUGGAACUCUUCAAUUCGUCCUUAAAUCAGGUGAACUCUAAGUUGACCCGAACAAGCAAUGAUAUCUCCAAACUUUACAGCACUGUGACAAAGGUAAAAGUUUACUCGAUUGUUGCAAAUGUGAAACAAUAUCAGUGCAAGAUUAUUGGUGCCUUGAAAAGUUGUGAACAUCGUUUCAGCUCCACAGGAACGAACACAUUUCUGAAGGGUCAGAGCAUGCUAUUGAAACUCUGUUAUCUUGUUUACAGCUGGAAAAUUACAACUCGUCCCUUAACGAGGUGAAGUCCAAGUUAGAUAGAUCACGAAUUGAUCUAUCAGAGCUUAACAGCACCGUAACCAAGGUAAAAUUGAGUUCACACACAUAUGAAGACUUCGUAUGACUAGACAAGUUCAUCCUAACUACGUUCCUGUUCAAAUGCUGUGAAUACAAUUAUCACUUAACGUGGAAAUCUUUAUUCGUCCUAUAACCAGGUAAAGUCUACAUUAGACAGAAGAAGUAAGGAUGUAACAGACCUGAAAAGUACUGUGAAGAAGGUAAACAUUUAUGUAAUGGUUGUGCCUGUGACAUAGCUAGAAGUUAGAAUUUUAUUUGCCCGUUUGGUCUGCUUGCAGUACUUUGGUAAUGCUCUGGCAGAUAAAGUUAUUUAAGUUUGUUUUUAAAUCCUAAAUUUAUAGCGAUUGUAAAAGUUAGCGUUUCUAUCUAUUUUUCUCGCCUUGGGUUUUUGGUUUUUAUCGUUUAUAAUUGUCCACUGUUUGGACAUUAGUCAUUUUGUGAAUUUGAAUUUUGUAUUUAGUAAUUCUCAGUUUUUCCCUCUGCAUUCACUUGCGCACAAAUUGACGUACAUACUAAAAAACAUUUCGUUUCGUCUGAUCACCAGAAUACAUCCGACUAAUCCAACAUUUUACGCUCACGAUCUUUUUGAUACUUAUAUCUCCCGGCAAGUUAAGCAACAUUUUCCUUUAAAUAUAUGUUAAUAAAGGUUCCAUUUUAAUUUUGGAUACCGCUCUUCCUGCUUUAGGUGAAGUCUAAGUCAGAUAGAACCAGCGAUGAUGUCUCGGUACUCAACUGUACAGUGACAAAGGUGAACAUCGUCAUCGAAUAAGAUCAUCAGUGACACGCUUGGAUGCUCCUGGUGUGCCACUCUUUUUUCUAACUAUAUCUUUACAUUAUAUGUUAUGUAUUACUGAACACAUGUACGACUACAGUGAGCCUAUUUGUUAAAAAUUAGCAGGGACGUUAUCGAGCCACCGAUAAUGUGGCAUCCAUAGGGUUAAUCGUUAGCCAUAAAACGGCCAAAAAUUAAUUAAUGUCACUACCAUUCGACUCCACGAAGCAAGUUCGUUUUCCUUCCAUAGAGAGUCAUAAAGAUUAAAAGUAAAAGUCUCAAGCUGGUUUUUUCCGCUGUCUUUUAAUUCUUUUCGACGGAAAUAAUCGAAGAACAAAUAGCAACGUAAAUGGGAGCUAUUGCGUGAUAACUCUCCCGCGAUUUUUUACCACGUGGCGCAAGGUGACCAAUAAAGUCGCGCGAAAAUUUCUGGGUGUGUUAUCAUGUUUUUUAACAUUACAACCCAUAUUAAAAUAUGAAUAAAAAAAUGUGAUCAUUAUGAUGGGGAUCCUAUUAUAUUUUUUUUCCUUCAGCUGGACAAAGCUAUUCAAAGUAACUUAAGCGAGUCUUGCCAGAAUGUGACCUGGAACUCAGCGUUCGAGGACUGCAAAUUAAAAUGCUGCUGUGCAGCCAAUUCUUGCGAAGAAACUCGUAAGUAUUCUUGAAAUUCACAACUGGUCUUUAAUAUCAUUAUAUCAAGGAGUGUGCAUGUACAGCGAUGCUCAAAAAAUGUUUUUACUUUGCAAGUGAGAUGUUUAGCUAGUAGGAACUGGUCGUAUUUAUCUCCUGUAGGGCAAAAAAGAAAGGGGGUGAGAGGAUUUUGGUUGUGAAACCAUAAAAUUUACCUGAUCCUUAUGAGGUAAAGUCUGUAGCCUAUUUGCCCACCCAUUCGGAGCUUAUUCCGGUUUUCAUGUAACAUGAAGCGACUAGGAGUAUUACCACUCUCCCCUGGGUGGGAUACCAGUCUAUCGCAAGGUUACUCCCCCCCGUACCCAUUAAUAAUCCCGGGUGGAGAGAGGCACUGAGAGAGUUGUGUCUUGCCCAUGAACACAACAAGAUAACCCGCCACCACAUCUCAGGCCACUGAAAUCCCCCCCCCUCCCCCCCUUCCUGCUUAGACUCUGUAAUAUUCUUGUUAUGACCCUCUACCCCUCCAUCGUUGGAAGUUGAUUUGCAGUCAAUUUUCUAUAGCCCCCUUUAUACUCUGUUGACGACGACUGAUUCCCCCCCUCCGUUACCCCUUGAAAACAAUUUGAUGCCCCCAAAUUCCCCCCCUCCCCCCACAGGCGAUCAAUAACGACUGGUGCCCUCCCUGUUGAUGUUUGAAUUGAAUUUUGCCUUUUUUUUCCUUUGUAUAUGUUUUAUUGUAAGUUUGAGGACAAAAACUUUCUUGAGAGAUAAACUAAUUUUUUAGUACGAUAGUGUAUUAUCAUUGCUCCCACACUUAAGUCACUUUCGGUAUGGAUCAUGAGUUUUUCGCUGCUAGUCUUCUUCAGCGUAGUCUGGCAAGAAACCUCUCCUGGGUCAAAUGGGAGGGAAGUUGAACAAUCUAAUUCUUACUCUCUGGUUUCUUUUUCAAAUUGAUGCCCCAGCCGCUGAAAGUUGUAAGGAGCUGUACAACACAAAUGGGUAAGUUCUUUCCAUCCAUCAGAACGCAUUUUACAAUAAAUUAAAAAUUAGAGAAUGUGUUUUGCUGGUAUCCCAAGCUGCCUUGGGUUCGACUGUCGCUGCAGGUUAUAGAGACUCCGAAUCGAUACUUUACAUGAACCUCUUCUCUCAAGAAUUGAUUAUAUUCGUUGUUUGUUAUUUUCCUCACUUUUCAGAUCUGAUGUCAACAAGGCUUACCCUCUGAAGCUGGGGAAAAAGAUCCUUCCAGUUUAUUGUCACAUGACAACACUUGAUGGAUGUGGGGGUGGUGGUUGGACCCUGGUGAUGAAGAUGGAUGGUUCAAAGGUAAACAUGAAACGAUGCUCAUAAAAAUGCUCGAAAAGACAGUUUCCUCUCUUCUUUAAAUUAUUAAAAUGGUUCAUAAAAAUUCUUCUUCAAAAGUGUUCAUUCGAAUUUCGCAAAUCUUAAUCUAUCAUUUUUGCAAAAAAAAGUCAAAAGAUUUUUAAAUCAAUUGAGUUCACGUGUUCUAUUCCUGUUCAACGUAGACCGAAAAGUAGUGAUUGUACUUUAAAAGAUAUAAAUCACAGGCUUCAAUGAAACAAAAACUUGUACAGUAGACUCAAGAUAAUUACAACCUCCAAGUGGAAUUAGAGAGGUUCGGGUUGAGGGCCGAGAUUUUGGAGGUAGUAAUUGGGAUUAAAACGGGAAAGGUGUUUACUGUGUUUCUAUUCAUGCAUUUGAAUUUCAUUGUGGUACAAAGAUGUUGAACAGAAAUAAUACGAUUUGAUUUGUUUUAUUAAUUAGGACACCUUUCAUUACAAUAAGUUAAUUUGGACCAACACGCUAGGAUACAACCCUUCUGCUGGCUCGAUUGGGUUUGACGGGAAUGAGACAAUGUUACCAACAUACUGGGAAACGAAAUUCAGCAGGAUCUGUCUCGGUAUGAAAAGCGGCAAAAAAGUCAACUUCAUCGCCAUCAACAGGCCAGCUUCCUCCCUGUAUUCUCUGAUCGCUGAUGGGAAAUACCGCCAAACCUCACUGGGCAGAGACAAAUGGAAGUCACUGCUUCCUUCAAAUGCGUCACUACAAUCAAACUGCAACCGGGAAGGAUUUAACGCAUUGUGUGCAGGUUCUGGCGCCAUACAACCCAGGGCUCGAAUCGGUUUCCUUGCUAACGAACAGUAUCACUGCAACAGCUGUGAUUCCAGGAUCGGUUUUGGUACUGGAGGUCAUCCUGACUACUCGAACUCGUGUGGAAAUGUGGCAGUGCACCAAUGGGGAGCCGAUAAUGGGGAUAAAAACAUCAAAACUAUGGGCUACAUUCUUGUUCAAUAAUGAAGAAGUAAUAGUCCCUAUUUGGCUCCAGAAGGAGCGAACAGUUUUUUAUCGAAAGCAAAGCCUAAGAAAGACUGUGAUUCUUAAGUAAUGUCUAAGAAUAAAUUAAUGAGCAAAUGUUUUGUCUUGAAUGGAUGUUUGUGUACUUAUCAUCCCUAAAAUGUUUUAUGUAGCGCGAAAAACAAAACGCUUCCAGAGUCUACCAUCAAAGCCAUUAACAGCGUAGAAUUUUGACCAUUAUAGAAUUGUUUGGUCCGAUUUUUUGAUGCUCAUGAAAUAAAUGUUCAGUGAAGAUUGCUUUCAUAUUAACUGCUAUCAUUGAGCAGAUAUCUGGUACCACUAACCGUAAAGUAAGCCUUUCAAGUGGACAAUUUAUAGUGAGCGAACCAUAACUCUGGCCUCUAAAAUAAAGC